AUUACUACGAAGUAAAAUAGAAUAAUUGCAUUGCUUAAUGUUAAGUAUACACUAUGCAUGUCUAUAUUUACACCAUUAAUUGUAAACUAUGAAAUGUAAAUGAAGCUCGUUUGUAAAGUUUCAAAGAUAAAUGAUGUAUUAAUAUAUGAUGGUCAUAGGCAUGAUAAUCAGUUUUGUUAUAAGUAAGUUGGUUUAUGCAGUGUUAUUAAGAAAUUAGUUAAUUGUUUCAGCUUGACUAAAGGUUCAUGCUUCUAAACAGGGGCUGCACAUGAUCGAGUAGCAUUUAAAUGGAUCCAAAUAAUACAAUUUAUUGUUAUCUGCACAUUGGAGGAGAGCUAGUAAGGGAUGAACAUGGCAAUGUGGAAUAUAUGGGUGGGAGACGAGAGGGUCUAAGUUUAGAACGAUCAAUGACAUAUAAUGAUUUUGUUUCAAGGAUUUGUGGGAAAAUGAACAUCAAUAUAGUGGGACCAACAUUUUCAUAUACUCUCCCGUUUGAUUUAUAUGCACUUCAACCAUUGAAAAAUGAUGAAGACUUGACAAACAUGUUUCAAUUUAGUGACCGAUGUGCACGUGUAUAUAUAUGUUUAGCAUCAACAGUUGAAGACGAUGAAACGAUUGAGAAUGGAGGACAAGGCUUGAACGAAACAAUCGUAGGGUCUAACUCACUGGUCCCAUAUUCAACAAGAGAUGUUGAUAUUAGAAUGCAAUCACGAGGAUUUCAUCAAAGAUGUGCUGAAUCACAUGUUGGUCCACUAGAGUCAAGCCGUUUUGAGAGUGCAAUAUUGGGUAGUGGGCAUACCUUCUCAACUGCAAAUGAAUUUCGGGAUGCAAUAUAUCUCAUGUCAGUAGGAGGCCGUUUUAGAUAUAAGUUUAAGAGGAAUUGUCUUAAGCAUAUGACUGUAAUAUGUGUUGUUGAAGGAUGCCCUUGGAAAGUAACUGCUCGUGCUGUUGGGAGAACAAAAAUAGUUCAAGUGCAUACAUUUAGAAAUGAACAUAACCACUCUUUAGAAGAUGUGUCAAUUUCCGAACCAGUAGUUCGUUGUAAUCGAGCCACAGCUAUGAUUGAUGAUGUUAUUCGUUCAAAUCCAGAUUACUUACCCCGUCAAAUAUGUAAAGACUUUCGUCGACAAUACGGAAUGCAAUUGAAUUAUUGUCAAGCAUGGAACUUGAAAGAGAAGGCUAAAGAACGAAUUCAUGGUGUGCCGCAAUGUUCGUAUAAGUUGUUACCUUGGUUAUGUACAAGGCUUAUUGAAACAAAUCCAGGGACGAUUGCUGAAUAUAGAUGUUCGGAUGAUGGUCAUUUUAUGCAAUUGUUUGUUGCCCUUUCAGUGUCAAUACAUGGGUUUCAACUGGGAUGUCGGCCUAUUAUAUCAAUAGAUUCAUCCCACAUGAGUGGGCCAUACAAGGGUGCUUUAUUUUCAGCUUCUUCCUAUGAUGCUGACGAUGGCAUGUUUCCACUUGCUUAUGGCUUAUUUAGCUCUGAGAAUUACGAGGAUUGGCUUUGGUUUUUAGAGAAAUUGAAGAUGGUCAUAGGUGAAAGAGAUGUUAUAAUAAUAUCUGAUAGGCACCAAGGGAUUAUCCGUAGUGUUUCAGAGGUAUUUGGUAGUGAAAACCAUGCACAUUGCUAUCGUCACAUUAAAGAAAACUUCAGUAGCUUUCUAACAAAGCUAAACACUAAAGGGAGGAAAGGAAAGGAAAAUGCUUUGCAAAUGCUUGAUUCUAUCGCCUAUGCUAGGUUAGAUUGUGAUUAUGAGGUUGCAAUGGAUACUUUAAGGACAUUUAAUCAUGAUUUGGCGAAGUGGGUUGAAGAAAAUAACCCUCAACAUUGGGCAAUCUCUAAAUUUAAGAAGAUGCGUUGGGAUAAGAUGACAAGUAAUUUGGCCGAGUCUUUCAAUUCUUGGUUAAGACAUGAACGACACCAUAACAUUUGUGUUUUCUUCAUCGAGCAUAUGGAUAAGUUAGGAUCUCUUUUAGUCGAGCAUAAAAAUGGACUUGUAAAAUGGAAUGGGUGUAUUGGUCCUAAAACAGAAGAAAAGAUUGCAUUGAACAUUGGAAAAGGUGAAAAUUAUAUCACUUAUUUACACUUGGGUAGUUCGAUGAAAGUAUCCAAUGGAAAAGCAUUCCUGGAAGUGAACUUAAUGAAGCGAACUUGCACAUGUAAAGCAUGGCAAAUGUCUGGAAUCCCAUGUGAUCAUGCUUGUGCAGCUAUACGGCGAAUGGGGUUUGAUGUAUCUGAUUAUGUUGAUGACUGGUAUAAGUACAAUUUGCAAGAGAAGAUAUACUCUGGAAGCAUGCGUACUUUGGUAACGCAUGACAUGCCAAUGAUUGAUGAAGAUGGAACCGUUCGUGAUGCCUUGGGUCAUACUUAUCCCUUUCUUAAUCCUCCAACCACAAAGCGACCUCCUGGAAGACCUAGGAAACGUCGAAUCGAGUCUCAAUUCAUGUCAAAAAAAACAGUUCAUUGUUCUCGUUGUAAUCAGCCUGGGCAUAAUCGUGCGACAUGUAACAACCCAUUGCUGUAA